UCGUCGUGGACCUCCAGCCACGCCACGCCACGCCACGCCCCACCCCGGCACCCCCCCCAUCAUAUCCAUCGUCGCCCGCGGUUUUUCACCCACACCACCCACGAGCUGCCUUUAUACUAACGUGCCGGCUCUGCUCCCCACGCAUGCUCCUGCUCAUUCCCGGCCGCGCCGCGGUUCUUGCAUGCUUUUCGUCGGCGCCAGGGGAUCUGCGGACGGAAAAGGGAAACUGUCUCGGCCGUCAAUUUAAACCCCGCGGCAAGACCGGAUUUAUAUAUUUUGCUGGAAAGGCAGAUCUUGAUCUUGAUCGGUUCCUGCUGCCGCUGCUGCUAGCUUCUGUCUGCUCUGCUGGGGGGGCUUGUACGAACGUACGUGUUGAUGAAGACGACGGUGGAAGGGAGCGGCGGCGGCGGCGGCGCCCCGGCCGCGGUCAAGAGGCGGCGGAGGGAUGCACCUGGUGGCAGGCGACGGAGCGUCGGCGUGAGCGUGCGGCGGCGCGUGCAGGUGGACGCGACGACGACCGCGCCGGCGCCGCUCCAGAGUCUGCUUGCCGCGUGCCGCCGCGCGUUCGGAGGCCCCGGGACCGUGCCGGCGCCCGACGACGUCGCCCUCAUCAGAGACAUCCUCGACAAGAUGGGACCAGAAGAUGUGCACCUGAGAGCCGUCACCAAGGCCGCGGCGGCGGCUUCCUUCCCUCGAACACAUCCUAAUCCUAUCAUCACACGAACCACCAUUUACAAAUGCAAAAACUUCUCGAUCGUCAUCUUCUUGCUGCCCUCAGGCACGGUGAUCCCUCUGCACGACCACCCCGGGAUGACGGUGUUCAGCAAGCUUCUCCUGGGCUCGCUGCACGUCACGUCGUACGACUGGCUCGUCGACGCCGGCGGCGGCCCUCCCGCCGUCGUUGGCGGCGGAGGCAAUGAUCGCCUACUGAGGCUGGCGAAGCGGGUGGUGGACGCCGACCUGAGCGCGCCGUGCGACGCCCUGGUGCUGUUCCCGGAGUCCGGCGGGAACAUGCACCGGUUCGCCGCCGCCACGGCGUGCGCGGUCCUCGACGUCCUCGGCCCGCCCUACUCCGGCGACCGGGACUGCACCUACUACCAGGACUUGCCAUACCGCCAUCAUCAUCACGACAACGACGAUGCAGAUGAGGCCGCCGGGGACGGCGACGUCCCUGCCACUGCCACGGAUGGUGAGCGUCUGGGGUGGCUGCUGGAGACGCGCAAGCCCAAGGAAUUGCAGAUGUACGAGGUGCCGUACAGGGGCCCUCCGAUCCUAUAGAAGAAGAGAAGCGACCUGCAAUUCAGUGUUGGCAGCAGCAGGGAGCCAGCUGCAGCUAUCACAGAUGCAUGCAUGCAUGGGAACAUAAAAUGUGUAGCACGUGCAGAAUGCUGUUGGCAAAGAUGUGUACUGGGCGUGUGAAAUGUCUCCGGAGAAAUCGGUUGGUAUUUGUUAGUACAAAGUAGACCGACAGCGGAUGAACUAAUGGAUACGCGAGUGUACGCUUCAGAAUUCAGAGUGCGCGUGUCCACCCGCACUCGUUUUCUUUUUAUCGUUCAUCCGCUUCAUGGCGCAAUCAUCCGUGGUGGCUCGAUCGGUCCUCUAUCUCCAGUGAAUACCUCUUCUAAGCUUAGUAGAUGCAGGGUGCAAAGCUCACCGGGCCGGCGGAUUUGUUGGCAAGACCGCAAGAGAAUCGGAGGCGUAGUUUAUUUGUGCGUUGAAAAAAAAAUCUCUUUUAUGUCCCACAUCUCAGUUUUAUAGGAGCUAUGGUACCAUAGUGUAUAAGUGAGGCAAAGAUUCGGAUGUUUUUCUCGACCUAUGUGAGAAGAUUUUCUUUUUAGACAUAA